UUUAGUUCGUUCUCAAUAAUUGUUCGUAAUCACCCACAAAAAUAAUUAAUAAUGUAUCCAAGUUUCGCUGACGUUGAGUUGGAAUACGAAAAAGACGUCCAAUUAAAAAGGGAGGAUGUCAAAUACUUAAAGGACUGGAUUAAUAAGCAAAAUCAUCUUCCUAAACCAACAGAGAUGAAAUUGAUCCAUUUUUUACACAGCAAUGGCUUCAACAUCGAAUUAGCUAAAAAAUCGAUUGAAAAUUAUUAUUUUUCUCGAUCUCAUUGCCCCGAAUUCUUCUCCAAACGAAACCCAAAGGAUGAACAUUUAAAAACACAUCUUCACACAAAUUUAAUAACGAUUUUACCAGUUCGUACAAAAGAGAAUUACCCAAUUUUAUUGACGAAAUUGAUCGAUAUCGCCCCAGAAAAAUACGAUUUAAACGAAGCCUUAAAAAUCAUUGACAUGGUGGUAUCAUUGAUCCAAAUGCAAAUUGGAACAACUCCGGGGCAAGUAAUGAUAAUGGACGCGAAAGAUUUUAGUUUAGGACAUUUGUUGCGCUGCAACAUAGUUUCGUUAAAAAAGUAUUUAUUUUUUGUACAAGAAGCAUCUCCAAUUACAUUAAAAACAGUUCAUAUCGUGAAUGUUUCGACGGUUACAGAGCGAUUUUCGAGUUUAGCUCGCCCUUUCAUCAAGAAAAACGUUUAUGAUGCAAUCGUUUUUCACAAAACCGUUGAUGGGUUAGAUGGGAUAAUCCCAAAAGAAGCGCUUCCACUUGAAAUGGGAGGAACAGCUGGAACUUGCAAAGAGUUACAAAAUGAGAUGAUAAAAAACCUACAAGAUCAUUUCCAAUACUUUUUGGAUGAAGAAAAAGAGAUAGCUGAUGAAUCGAAGCGAAUUGGGGCGGUCAAAAACGCGUCGGAAACGUUUGGGGUGGAAGGAAGCUUCAAAAAAUUGGAGUUUGAUUAA